AUGACAGAGGCAGAGCCUGUAUCAGAUGUCAACAGUCCCGCUGCCGUCACAAAUCAACUGCCUGCAACCUCAAUAGUAACAACAGAGUCUCCUGAACCUGAAAAAAAUCAUAUUGUGGAAACAAAUGUCGAUAGAAAAUCGUUUUAUUUUGUGGAUGAAACCAAAGGGCUGGAAAAUGAUGAAAGACAUCUCCACGAAAUCACAAAAAGAUAUAAACAUUUGUUAGAUUUGUCCCAUCUAUUCAAAACAUUCAUCCAAUCAAGGGCAAAAAAGGACCCAAAAUUCAAACAGGUGAUCGCCAAGGUCGAAGAAACUUUACAUAAAUCUAUCUUGAAUGACGACGAUGUGAAUAAGAAAUCUGGGAAAUUUACUGGUUCCGAAGGAGUUAGAAGACGCAAAACCGAAAAGGAAGAAGAUGCCGAAUUGCUUGGCAGUUCCAAUGAUUCCGAUAUCAUUGAAUUCACAGAAUCACCAUCGUAUAUCAAUGGGAAACUAAGGGAAUACCAAAUCCAGGGUCUCAAUUGGUUAGUGUCUUUACAUGAAAAUAAUCUUAGUGGGAUUUUGGCCGAUGAAAUGGGUCUUGGUAAAACAUUACAAACAAUCUCAUUUCUUGGGUAUUUGCGCUUCUUCAAAGGUAUUGUCGGACCCCAUUUGGUGAUUGUUCCAAAAUCAACUUUGGAAAACUGGCAAAGAGAGUUUGGUAAAUGGAUACCUCAAUUCAAUACCGUGGUUCUUACUGGUGAUAAAACUCAAAGAGCAGAUAUAAUAAAUCAAAAAAUUAUGUCUUGUGAUUUUGAUGUUGUGAUUUCCUCUUAUGAAUUGGUCAUUAAGGAAAAAGCCACUCUCAAAAAAAUUGAAUGGAGCUAUAUUGUAAUUGACGAGGCACACAGAAUUAAGAAUGAACAAAGCUUGUUAUCCCAGGUCAUUAGAUUAUUCACUUCUAGAAAUAGAUUAUUAAUUACAGGCACUCCUUUACAAAAUAAUUUACAUGAACUUUGGGCAUUGUUGAAUUUCAUUUUGCCUGAUGUUUUCAGUGAUUCUGAAAGCUUUGAUGAAUAUUUUGGCGCGACUAAUGCUGAAAAUGAUCAAGAUCAUGAUCAAGAUCAACAAGAAGUUAUCAAACAAUUGCAUACGAUUUUAUCCCCCUUCUUAUUGCGCCGUAUAAAAUCACAGGUGGAAAAGUCAUUGCUUCCGAAGAAAGAAAUGAACUUGUACGUUUCAUUGUCGCCUUUGCAGAAAAAACUAUACAGAAAGCUAUUGGAAAAAGAUUUGGAUGCUGUCAACGGCUUGAAUGGUAAAAAGGAAUCAAAGACAAGAUUAUUAAACAUUGUCAUGCAGUUGAGAAAAUGUUCUAACCAUCCGUAUUUGUUUGAUGGGGUUGAACCAGGUCCACCGUAUACCACUGAUGAACAUUUGGUGUUUAACUCUCAAAAAUUAAAGGUUUUGGAUAAUCUUUUGAAAAAAUUCAAAGCCGAAGGUUCCAGAGUUUUAAUUUUUUCUCAAAUGAGCAGAAUGCUAGAUAUUAUGGAAGAUUAUUGUUAUUUUAGGGGUUAUGGGUAUUGCAGAAUUGAUGGUUCCACCGACCAUGAGGAUCGUAUUCAACAAAUCGAUGAGUAUAAUGCUGAAGGUUCGGAUAAAUUCAUCUUUUUGUUAACUACUAGAGCUGGUGGUUUAGGUAUCAACUUAACCAGUGCCGAUGUAGUAGUUCUUUACGAUUCAGAUUGGAAUCCUCAAGCUGAUUUGCAAGCUAUGGACAGAGCCCAUAGAAUUGGACAAAAGAAACAAGUCAAAGUUUUCAGAAUGGUGACAGAAAACACCAUCGAAGAGAAGGUUUUGGAAAGGGCCAUGAAAAAAUUAAGAUUAGACCAGGUCGUUAUCCAGCAAGCAAGAGCAUCCCUGGCGAAUCAACAAGUCGAUAAAGAUGAGUUAUUAAAUAUGAUCAGGUAUGGUGCACAUGAUAUGUUCAAUAACUCAGCUGGUCAACCUAAAGAUUCAGAUGAAGAUGGUGAUGCCGGCGAUGAGAUUAACUUAGAUGAUUUGCUAGCAAAUUCGGAAAAGAGAACUAAAGAAUUAAAUUCAAAGUAUGCUAAAUUGGGUUUUGAUGAGCUACAAGAUCUAGAAGCCGAAAACACUUCUGCUUAUCAAUGGAAUGGCACUGACUUCAAAAAACAAAAUACAAAGAAAAUUGGUUCUGGGUUCAUGUGGUUAAAUCCUGGUAAAAGAGAAAGAAAAGAGAAUUAUAGCAUUGAUGGUUAUUAUCGUGAUGUUUUGAAUUCUGGUGGCAGACCAGCAUCAACCGAGCCUAAGGGUCCGAAAGCGCCAAAGCAAAUGACAUUGUAUGAUCAUCAAUUUUAUUCACCAAAUCUUUUUACAUUACACGAGAAGGAAAAGUACUGGUACAGAAAGCAAAUCAAUUACAAAGUCCCACUUAAUCAGAAACCCCAAAGUAAUGGUGGUACAGGGAAUACUAAAUCUGCCCUUAGCGCUGAGGAUAUUAAACUCGACAAUAAAUUAGAGCAAAUUGAAGUCGAUCACGCUACCGCCUUGACAGAGGAAGAAGAAAAGCUCAAAGAAGAAUACCUAAAAGAAGGAUAUGGCAAUUGGUCCAGGAGAGAAUUUAAUCAUUUUAUUUCUGCUUCUGCCAAACAUGGAAGACAUAAUAUUGAUUUAGUUGCCAAUGAAAUGAUUGAAAAUAAUGUCGUUAUGACAGUGAAAACUUUUGAUGAGAUCAAAGAAUAUUCAGAAACAUUUUGGAACAGAUAUACUGAAAUCGAAGGUUUUGAAAGAUAUAUAAUGCAAAUUGAACAAGGUGAAGAGAAAAUUGCCAAACAAAUCAAACAGCGGAGUAGCUUACAUAAGAAGAUCAGUCAAUAUGAGUCUCCAUUGAAUGAAUUAGAAUUAAAGUUCCCACCAACUUCAACUUCCUUCACUCCUGAUGAAGAUGCGUUCCUUUUGGUUAUGUUGUUUAAGCACGGUAUUGAUAGUGACGGAAUUUAUGAAACUAUUCAUAAGGAAAUCUUGAAAUCGAACAUUUUCAAGUUUGAUUAUUUUUUGAAGAGUAGAACUUCUACUGAAUUGAAUAGAAGAUGUAACGCAUUGCUAGCCGCUGUUGUCAAGGAAGUUGAAAGCAAUGAGCAACAAGUGUUGACUAUUCUUACCAAAAAAAGAAAAGCGUUGGAUGAUAAGAAGAAGAACAGAACUAAUAAAAGAAAGAAGGUGUCUAUCAAAAAACUUUCAUUGAAGUCCAGCGUUUCCUUGAGAAGUAAAAAGAAGAAAGAUGAACCCAAGAAGAGCGCUCCAAAGAGAGGUGCUGCUAAAAAAAAGGUGACCUCUAAAACCGACUCGGCUUCCGGUGCAAAAAGAAACAAACCAGGUCCAAAGCCGGGGGCCAAGUAUAAGAAGAAACCAGGUCCAAAGCCAGGAACUAAAGGAAACAGUAAGGCGAAAAGUAACGGUGAUAUUUCUUCCUAUUUCAACAAAAAAUCCUGA